GGCCGGUCCGGGCCUGUGUACUAGAAGCGCGAGGACCGCCAUUUCUUUAAUGCAGUCCAGUAAGAGUUAAUCAGCCAUGAUACUUCCCCUUGGAGCUCGGCGGGCCCGUGGCUUGCGAUGGGUUAUUUAAAAUGGAAAGUGAAAGCAUUUUAAUUUUACUUUCGGAAUCAGAAAAGAGACUGUUUCUGACUCGGGGAAAGACAGAAGAGAGCGUCGAGAGACAGACUGACAGCGGAGGGCAAACAGGGUGACGAAGGUAGUGAAAAGACCACCAAGCAGGGGACCCCGGAACCUGUGCAGAGACCGCUCAUCAUGCUGCCAGCGCUCUCUGUGUCUCAGCCCCAGGAGGGAGGAUUCAGCUUUGAGAACUGUCUCCGGAAUUCCUCCUUGGAAAAGUUGGGUCCAAACCUUGGCCUUCAUCCCCCAAAUCCCCGCAAGACCGGGACCACCAUUGCUGGAAUCAUUUAUAAGGAUGGGGUGAUACUGGGAGCCGACAGAAGAGCGACAGAUGAUAUGGUUGUGGCGGAUAAGAACUGUGCCAAGAUCCAUUACAUCACCGAUAACAUAUACUGCUGCGGAGCCGGGGUCGCAGCCGACGCUGAAAACGUGACCCAAGUCCUGUCCUCCAACCUUCAUCUCCACGCGAUGUCCACGGGCCGUGAGCCGAGAGUGUGCACGGCCAACCGGAUGCUCAAACAGACGCUGUAUAGAUACCAGGGCCACAUAGGGGCAUCAAUCAUCAUCGGAGGAACGGACAUCCAUGGCCCCCAUCUGUACAGCGUGUAUCCGCAUGGAUCUACAGACGCCACCCCGUUCACUGCCCUUGGGUCGGGGUCGUCCGCCGCUAUAGCUGUUUUGGAAGAUCGCUACAAGCCGUACAUGGAGUUAGAGGAAGGGAUGAAGCUGGUCACGGACGCCAUUACUGCGGGGAUCCUGUGUGACCUGGGAUCGGGUAGCGGGGUGGAUCUGUGCAUCAUUACCCGGGACGGGGCGCGUAUCCUGAGAGGUCACACGGACACCGAGACCCGGGGAAAGAGGCUGGCCUCGUACCGUUAUCCCCGGGGAACCACGGCCAUCACGGGAGAAACCAUCAAACGGCUGGAGCUGGUGGAGGAAACCGUCCAGACCAUGGAUACAGAAUAACAACAAGGAGUUUAUGGGAUGUUAGCGCUUAAGAUUCAAUUUGGGAAAUUAUGGUAUUGUUGAUUCACGCUUUUAAAAAAAAUGGUAAUCUCUGGCGGCCGUCUUCAUUUUACAAAGUUUAAUUGUCUCAUGGUUUAAACAUCACGUGGAUUCCGUGUUAUGCUACACAAAUAAAAAUGUCUCAGACGUGA